AUGCAGAAGCACUUACUUAUCUAUCUAUCUAUCUAUCUAUCUAUCUAUCUAUCUAUCUGUCAGUCUGUUUCUGUGUGUUCAUUAUCUAUCUAUCUAUCAGUCGAUUCAUUAUCUAUCUAUCUAUCUGUCGAUUCAUUAUCUAACUGUCUGUCUGUCAGUCUAUCUAUCUCUGUGUGUUCAUUAUCUAUCUAUCUAUCUAUCUAUCUAUCUCAGUGGGAUCAUUAUCUAUCUAUCUAUCUAUCUAUCUAUCUCAGUGUGAUCGUUAUCUAUCUAUCAGUCUAUCUAUCUAUCUAUCUAUUUAGUGUGUUUAUUAUCUAUCUAUCUAUCUAUCUAUCUAUCUAUCUAUCUAUCUGUCUGUCUCCCUAUCUAUCUAUCUAUCUAUCUAUCUAUCUAUCUAUCUGUCUGUCUGUCUGUCUCCCUAUCUAUCUAUCUAUCUAUCUAUCUAUCUAUCUAUCUAUCUAUCUAUCUCUGUGUGUUCAUUAUCUAUUUAUCUAUCUAUCACAGCCGAUUCCUUAUCUAUCUAUCUAUCUAUCUAUCUAUCUAUCUAUCUAUCUAUCUAUCGAAAGAACCUCCAAUCAGUGUUGGAGUUCUAUUUGCCCUGACCGUACAAGUACCUCGCCUCACAUUCUUGUCUGCUUCAUGAUUAUUUCUGCCCUCUUCUCCUUCACGGACACCCAACACCUCUCCUGUCUCAGCCUCGUUCCAAUGAUGCUAUUUCACGUUCGUGGUAGACUGAGUUCUGAAUAUUGUCUGAUUAGCUAUCUAUCUAUCUAUCUAUCUAUCUAUUAA